AUGGCUCAAUUAUUUCCAAUCCUCUUCUUCGUUCUUACCCAUUUCUUUGCCAUAUCUACUUCUCUAAACGAUCAAGGUCUUGCUCUUCUCUCCUUUAAGCAAUCCUUUCAAAACCAGAAAGAUUCUGUUUUUACCAAUUGGAACUCCUCAGAUUCAAACCCGUGUUUUUGGCAAGGUAUUACAUGUAAUGAUGAUCUGAGAGUUGUCUCGAUCCGUCUCCCAAACAAACGCCUUUCGGGUUCGCUUAAUCCCUCCAUUGGAACCCUCUUGUCCCUUCGUCAUAUUAACCUCAGAGACAAUGAACUUCAAGGGAAGUUGCCUGUGGAACUCUUUGGACCAAAAGGGCUUCAAAGCUUGGUACUUUCUCGGAAUUCGUUUUCCGGGUUAGUUCCAAAAGAGAUAGGGACAUUGAAGAGCCUAAUGGCUUUGGAUCUUUCGGAGAAUUCUCUCAACGGUUCGAUCCCUUUUUCGCUAACUCGAUGCAAGAAGCUGAAAACACUCGUUCUUAGCAACAAUGGUUUCUCUGGUGAUCUUCCAACCGGGUUUGGUUCGAACUUGGUUCAUCUUCGGACGAUGAAUCUUUCUUUAAACCGCUUGACUGGAUCGAUCCCCGAAGAUAUAGGAAGUCUGAGAGAUUUAAAAGGUACUCUUGAUCUUUCUCAUAACUUCUUCUCAGGUAUGAUUCCAACAAGUCUUGGAGAUCUCCCAGAGCUUCUUUAUGUCGAUCUUUCUUACAACAAUCUAAGCGGCCCGAUACCAAAAUCCAACGUUUUGUUGAAUGCUGGUCCAAAUGCUUUCCAAGGGAAUCCUUUCCUUUGUGGAUUACCCAUUAAGGUUUCUUGCACCACAAGAAACACACGUAUAGUUCCUUCUCAACUAUAUUCAAGAAAAACCAAACACCGUUCUAGUUUUUGCAUCAUCCUUAUAGCCACUGGAGGCACAGUCGUUGGAAUCUUUUUUCUUGCUUUAUUAUUCAUCUACUAUCUCCGACGUGCACACAAAGAUCAAAACAACCAAGCAUGUCAUUUAGAGAAGAAGACAAAGCAGGAGUUUCUCUGUUUCAAGACAGGUAACUCGGACCCCGAAACGCAAGAUGGGAACAAAACUCAACAGGUUUUCAUGCCAAUGGAUCCGGAAAUCCAAUUUAACCUCGACCAGCUUCUAAAAGCCUCAGCUUUUCUUCUAGGGAAGAGCAGGAUCGGGCUUGUCUACAAAGUUGUUCUUGAGAACGGGUUAAUGUUAGCCGUUAGAAGAUUGGAAGAUAAAGGUUGGUUAAGACUCAAAGAGUUUCUUGCUGAUGUCGAAGCAAUGGCGAAAAUCAAGCACCAAAAUGUCUUGAAUCUCCAAGCUUGUUGCUGGUCUCCAGAAGAGAAGCUCCUAAUCUAUGAUUAUAUACCAAAUGGUGACCUUGGUUCAGCAAUUCAAGGUAGAGCUGGUAGCUUGUCCUGCAAGCAACUAUCUUGGCCAGUCCGGUUAAGAAUAUUGAGAGGAAUCUCAAAAGGGUUGACUUAUAUUCACGAGUUUAGUCCCAAAAGAUACGUCCAUGGACAUAUAAACUCCAGCAACAUACUUCUCGGACCGAAUCUUGAACCGAAGAUUUCGGGUUUUGGUCUGGGACGUAUCGUCGACAUGUCUUCUUCAGAGAUCAGACCAGAUCAAAUCUCUCCUAUGGAGACAGCAAGCUCACCAAUCGUCUCAAGAGAAUCAUAUUACCAAGCUCCUGAAGCUUCCAAGAUGACUAAACCGUCUCAGAAAUGGGACGUGUAUUCAUUCGGUUUAGUGGUACUCGAAUUGGUAACCGGAAAAUCCCCGGUUAUGCAGACGAAAAGUUCAGAGACGGAUUUGGUUAUGUGGGUUGAAUCGGCUAGCGAGAAAAAUAAACCGGUUUGGUAUGUUCUAGACCCGGUUUUAGCUCGAGACAGAGAUAUGGAAGAAAGUAUGGUUCAAGUGAUCAAAAUCGGUUUAGCUUGUGUACAGAAGAGCCCAGAUAAAAGACCAAUAAUGAGAAAUGUUUUCGAGAGCUUCGAGAAGCUCGUAUCUUCGAUUUAAAAUAAGUAAAUUAUACAUUUAUGUAAUAUACUACAUUUACGUUUAUCUUUCAUGAUUUGUUGAGUUUUGUAAGAACGUUCAAGCAAUUAAA